CCGCGCAGGCGCAGAAAGCCGCGUCAUCUGCCUCGCGCCAGCUCGAAUUGCACGCGCAUGGAGCGCCCCGAGCGGAGCGCGAGCUCCGCGGGCGCACCCCGCAGCCGCCCCGCGGCGAAGGUGCUGUUCCGCGGCCCCGUGGGGCCCAUCCUCUUCCUUGCCAACUUCGCCUUGGUCCUGCAGGGCCCGCUCACCACGCAGUACCUGUGGCACCGCUUCAGUGCCGACCUCGGCUACAAUGGCACCCACGAUAGAGGCGGCUGCAGCAACCACAGCGCGAACCCCAUCAUGCAGGAAGUGGAGACCCUCACCUCUCACUGGACCCUCUACAUGAACGUGGGCGGCUUCCUGGUGGGGCUCUUCUCGUCCACCUUGCUGGGUGCUUGGAGUGACUGUGUGGGCCGUCGUCCCCUGCUGGUGCUGGCGUCGCUGGGCCUGCUGCUCCAGGCGCUGGUAUCCAUCCUUGUGGUGCAGCUGCAGCUACACGUUGGCUACUUCGUGCUGGGCCGCAUCCUUUGUGCCUUCCUCGGCGACUUCAGUGGCCUCCUGGCUGCUGGCUUUGCCUCCGUGGCAGAUGUCAGCUCUCACCGGAAUCGAACCAUCCGAAUGGCCCUGCUGGAAGCAUGCAUCGGGGUGGCGGGGAUGGUGGCGAGCCUCAUUGGGGGCCACUGGCUCCAGGCCCAGGGUUACGCCAACCCCUUCUGGCUGGCCUUGGCCUUGCUGAUAUUCAUGACUUUCUAUGCUGCUUUCUGCUUUGGCGAGACUGUGAUGGAGCCAAAACCUGCCCGGCUCUUCACGUUCCGUCACCACCGAUCCAUUGUCCAGCUCUACACGGCUCCGGCCCCGGACAAGUCCAGGAAGCACUUGGCCCUGUACUCACUGGUCAUCUUUGUGGUGAUCACUGUGCACUUUGGCGCCCAGGACAUCCUGACCAUCUAUGAGCUGAGCAGACCCCUCUGCUGGGACUCCAAGCUGAUUGGCUACGGCUCUGCAGCCAGACACCUCCCGUAUUUCACCAGCCUGCUGGGCCUGUGGCUUAUGCGAUUCUGCCUGACGGACACCUGGGUGGCUGAGAUUGGCUUGGCCUUUAACAUCCUGGGGAUGGUGGUCUUUGCGUUCGCUACCAUCACACCCCUGAUGUUCACAGGGUACGGGCUCCUCUUCCUGUCUUUAGUCAUUACACCCAUUGUCCGGGCCAAGCUCUCCAAGCUGGUGAGCAAGUCAGAGCAGGGUGCUCUCUUUUCUGCUGUGGCCUGUGUGAAUGGCCUGGCCAUGCUGAUGGCCUCCAGCAUCUUCAACUCGCUCUACCCAGCCACCCUGAACUUCAUGAAGGGGUUUCCCUUCCUCCUGGGAGCUGGCCUCCUCUUCAUCCCUGCCAUUCUGAUUGGGAUUCUUGGAAAGACUGAGCCUCGCUCUGAAUUCCAGCAGUUUCCCCAGAGCCCCUGAUCUGCCCAGAUAUGAGAACAGAGGGCAAGAGGGGCGAAGUGAGCACUAACCAGCUGGAAGUAUGCCCCUGGGAUCCCACCCACAGCAGCAGCAGCAGCAGCUCCCCUCAAAGGCAGUGUUCACCCUGGAUAAGGUGGUCAAGCUAGACCAGGGCCCCCACCUCAUCCAAAGCUUGCCAGCCUAUGACUCGAGGAUCUGGAAUUGGAACCCAGACAGUCUGACUCCAGGGCAGGCAGUGGCGGGAGGAACAUUUGCAACAGGGGUCUCUGUUCAUCCUUUAUGCAAUUACAUAAAACCCUCCAGGGGAGAGAGGAGGUCUUGAUGGAGGUGAUGCCUCAGGGACCAGUUGAAGCACGAGGGGUAGCAUCUCUGCUUCCAACCCAGACUACACAGCUCACAGUUCAUCGUGAGCAGCCACCAGCCAUGCCUUAAUGAUGAAUAUUUCGAGGGGAGGAAGGGUUGUGGGGAUGGAGAGAGAGUGCUACGGACUCAGUGGAAUCAAGCCCCUGGCUUAGCAGUGCCAACCAUCAUAAUAAAUCAGUACAAGCACACUGA